UCCCCCCCCCUCUCUCUCUCUCUCUCUCUCUCUCUCUCUCUCUCUCGGUCGCGAGUAGUCGGGGCCGUAACGAGAAGGAUCUGAAGCAAUAAUGGCGGAUUCGAUGUUUUCGUCCUCUGCUAGCGCGAAGGAUUCGGCGAGCUCGGAGAUCGGAUCCGAGAGGACCUUGUAUCCUUAUGUGACUGGUACAUCGGUUCUAGGCAUGAAAUACAAGGAUGGUGUAAUCAUGGCCGCGGACAUGGGAGGUUCCUAUGGAUCUACAUUACGAUACAAGAGUGUCGAGCGCAUCAAACCUAUUGGCAAACAUUCUCUUCUUGGAGCAAGUGGUGAAAUUAGUGAUUUCCAGGAGAUCUUGCGUUAUCUUGAUGAAUUAAUCCUGUAUGAUAAUAUGUGGGAUGAUGGGAAUUCAUUGGGCCCUAAAGAAGUGCAUAACUAUCUGACCCGAGUGAUGUACAAUAGGCGCAAUAAAUUCAAUCCUCUUUGGAACUCUCUUGUUCUUGGUGGCAUCAAAAAUGGGCAGAAGUAUCUUGGCACGGUUAACAUGAUUGGUACGCAUUAUGAGGACAGCCAUGUGGCCACUGGAUUUGGAAAUCAUCUUGCAAGACCUAUACUUCGUGCUGAAUGGCGUGAGGAUUUGACCUUUGAGGAGGCUGUUAAGUUGCUAGAGAAGUGCUUGCUGGUGCUUCUUUAUCGUGACAGAUCAGCUAUUAACAAGUUCCAGAUUGCAAAGAUAACGGAGGAAGGCGCGACUAUUUUCCCACCAUAUGCCCUGAAGACUUUCUGGGGGUUUGCCGCCUUCCAGAACCCAACUAAGGGUGCUGAAGGGUCUUGGUAGACAUACGCUUCAUGUCGUGCAGAAACUUAUUCUUCACUUUUGUGUGCCAAAAAUAUACUGUAUUCUGUAGGAAUUCAAGAUGAUGAAGACGAGUCAGUUACUUAAAAUCAUGAAACUGCAUGAAAUCUUGGUCUUUUUUUCGUUUUAUCCUACAGAAUUCAGUUUGUUCUGAUUCUGACUUUAUGUUUGGCGUGCCUACUUCAUUUAAAAAACACCCUAAUUUUAUGGUCCAGACUUUCUUCCUGUAGUUGCUUAAA